AGAGCCGUCCCUCUAUCACAACGAAUGUUUGGACUUGAUGGUUCAUCGCUGGAGCAAACUAGAAAAGGUAUUUUUUGGGGGUUUUUUUGUGUUAAGACAUACAGUAUAUUUGUGAUGUUAUCUCUGAGUGUGUCCAUCCACCAGGAAAGCUGAAAAGUUUGCUUGACCACGGUGGUAAUCGAACCCGCGACCUUUGGUUUGCUUAUCCAGCGCUCUACCAGCUGACCUACGACGUCAAGUCAGUUCGAGCGAGAGUUACAUGCAGCUAAUUUCUCUUUCAAAGUAAAAACAAAACUGAAAAACCUCUAUCUCUAAGCGCGUAAAGCACGACCGACAUGCAUACAGUAGAGUGAUAGUCCGAACACUCCGUAGUUAUGUAGUCUUCGAACCCAGACGUCAUUUCCCACGCUCAUUCUUCGCUCGGAAAGUAACGAAGAAUGAACGUGGGAAAUGACGUCUGCGUUCGCAGACUUGUAGUUAUACGCGGUUGCUACGUUCCACAAACCGGUUUGGUAUCGGCAUUCCCGUUGAUAUCAAUACUCAAUAGACCUUUAUAAAAAGGUUGAGUUGGACGUCAGCAGGAUUCGCGCUUAGACGUCAAAGUUUGGCUGUCUUCUCUUGACAACCUCAAUGGACCAUUUGCAUUAUAGACUAAAUUUUGAUCUAAACAAGUCUAGACAAAAAUUUCAUCACAGCUUGAAAGAGCAUCACAAAAUUAGUAAUAUUCGAAAGUUUCGUUGCGAAAUGUUGUAAAAUGCGGAUAAUAUAGCCUUGCGAAGUUUGCCGUUUUUCAGUCAUUUUGCAUCACGAGGGGGAAAUUGACAGCCCAAUUUCCUUUGGGGCUGUCAAUUUCCCGUUUGUAAUACAAAAUGACUGAAAAACGGCAAACUUCGCAAGACUAUAUAUUAUCCGCAUUUUACAACAUUUCGCAACCAAACUUUCCAAUAUUACUAGCUUUGUAGUGCUCUUUCAAGCUGUGAUGAAAUUUUUGUCUAGAAUUGUUUAGAUCAAAAUUUAGUCUAUAAUGCAAAUGGUCCAUUGAAUUAGCUGUAUUUUGAAACUCAGUCUAGUUCCUUCGAUAUCAGUGAAAACAUUUCUGUUAUUACGAUCUCGAAUUUUUGUUUCUGGUGUUAUGCACUCAGGUGAAGAUAUAUGUUUGUGAUGUUGUCUCUGAGUGUGUCCACACCGGACAAGCUAAAACGAUUGCUUGACCGCAAUGGUGAUCGAACCCGCGACCUUUGGCUAAGCAAACUUUUCAGCUUGCCCGGUGUGGACGCACUCAGAGACGACAUCACAAACACAGAAAAGGUAUGUCUGCAUGAUCUCGUGGACACAGCACGUGUGUAAUGCUAUUGAUAUUUUCUGAUAGUGAGAAUGACGAAAAUCUCUGUUGCUAAUCUUCCAAUAUGUUAUUUUCCAGGACUUCAGAUUACGUAAUGGUAAAUUCGACAUCAGUCUCAUUCCUGACAUAUACGACUGCAUCAAAUACGAUGUUUUUCAUAACAAGUAGGUUCAAUUAAUGCCAGUUUUGUAUGUUUUUCUAUUGUUCAGAUAUUUAAUAGGGAGUUUACGCAUGUGCUGUACUGUAACAGUAAGGCGGCGACGUCAUGACGACGGUAGCCUGCGAACAGGCUCUCAAGCUGAAUUGAGAGCCUGCAUCGAUGACUAAUGAAUUUGAAUAUCUGCCCCGUAACGUUCGUUUUUCCAAAUAUGGAAUGUCUAUCCUUAUAUGGUGUUGUUUACAACUUUCGUGCAAACUAAAUUUAGACCAUGCAAACUAAAUUUAGACCGUACAGUUUAUACUGUUUUUCGAAAUAUAAGAUAUUGAAGCAAAAGUUUAAAUGUUUUAAAUACUGUUUUCUCUAAACAGAACAUUUCGUGCUUUGAGAUAAGAUGGCCAAGACCAAUUUGAUCAGUUAAUGUGUUUUUUUAUGCAUAGUGCUUCAGCACUUGACAUAUUUAGAGCUCAGCGGAAUAAUAUAAAUUAUAGCAUCUGACCAAUGAGAAUUUCGCGUCACGAUUUGAGACGCAGAUAUUCAAAUUCAUUAGUCAUCGAUGCAGGCUCUCAAUUCAGCUUGAGAGCCUGUUCGCAGGCUAUGACGACGGCUAUCAAUACAUGCAAUGGCAUUAAUCCUAUAGCACAAAAGAAAAUGAAUAAUUAAAAGUCUAGCAGAGGUUUUAGACGUCGCGUUGACAACGGCAAAAUGCAUAUUUUACGUCUCGUAUAGUACGCUAGCAUUUCACGCCGUGACUGGUAGUUUUUACUCGUUCAAAACUGUAUUAAAUUCAUAAGGAAGUAAGUACAAUUAAGACAAGAUUUCCGACCAUACAAUCAAUCAUUUUAGCCGGCGUCCUGACGUCGGCGUCUUACAUGCGCAAACUCCUUAAUGUGUAUACAGCAGUUGUGUGGAAGCAGCAAUAGAGAGCUUUAACAGCGACUACAAGUACGAAAUUCAUCAUUUUUGCGCCAAAUGCAGUAAUGCACGCUAACGUAUGCUUACGCCAUCCCGUAGCCGUCAACCAAAUGAGUACGAAAUUGUGGAAAAAUCUCGUAGUCCUCACGACGACUUUUUAUCAAAACAAAGAUAAUUGUGUUUUUUUCUUUUCUGCUUAAAUAAUUUGUAGAAGUGUUUGGUAUAGCCCCAGCGCGGGAAAUCAGGACUCGUCAACAAACAUGUCGAAAUCCUAGCUUCAAAAUUUUUAUACUUCUGUAGGAUAUGUCUUUGUGGUUUAUGUUCCUUUGUAUCCUUGGAUAUUUAAAAUAUAAUUAUUAUUUAAUAAGUUUUAAAAAAGCGUUUUAGAGAAGUGUAAAACCUAAAAGUUUGAAAUAAAAGUGGCAAAUAACCUAUCAAUACUAAAUAUCUUACUUGUUUUUAACCCCACGUUUAAAUUCGCUUGAGUUGAUUCAUCAUUAAUUGUUCUGAAAAUUAGGCCGAUUUGCUGAAACUUCCCAGGGGUGAAGUUUACGAUGUGCUCAUAGUAAAAACAGAAAAAAAGUUGGGGUCACCGAACUGUUUUCGAAGAUAUGACAAGUGCAAUAUGCCACCUUUUCCCCCAUAUGGCGCCAUCUUGACCCUAUUACGAGUUACAGGAACAAUCACAGUUGCUCAACCGCUUUUUAACAAGGAUCUUACUAAAAAUGUCUAUCUAGUGAUUAUAUACAAGAAAACAUGGUAUUAGCGAAUCAAACACCAUUGACGUGCAUUGUCGUGGUGCAAAUAUGUAUUUUCCCAUCUUCUCAGACAUGUUAUUUUGGGAAGCAUGCGCGAAAAAUGCAAAAUAUUAUAAGUUGUAGACUGAAAUUAUUUUCUCUUAUUUUCUGAUAUGACAUGUAAAACGAAUCCUUCUUAAAGAGAUGGGUUAAGCAUGUAACAUUAUUACAGUCCUAAGGGAGGGGGGGGAGGGGCUUAGCCUCGCCAUUUUUACCUCGGGGGAGGGAUAUAGCCCCCCUGUUCCACCGCCUCUGCCAAUUAUGUGCUGUUGCUUUUGAGUUUUUGUGAGAGAACCACUGAAUUAUUUCAAGAUGUUAUCGACAACGUUUUUGAUUGCAUAUGAUUUAUAUAUAUAUAUAUAUAUAUAUAUAUAUAUAUAUAUAUAUAUAUAUAUAUAUAUAUAUAUAUAUAUAUAUAUAUAUAUAUAUAUAUAUAUAUAUAUAUAUAUAUAUAUAUAUAUAUAUAUAUAUAUAUAUAUAUAUAUAUAUAUAUAUAUAUAUAUUUAAUAAAAAAAGAAAAAAGGGCCCCCAAAACACUAUUACGUAACUCAGGCGUGAUUAAACACACGUGAACUUACUGCAAUUCGAUCCUUCUUUGUUAUGAAUAAGUCAAAUGAAUUCUUUCUGUGUUUUUAGCAAACUUAACUUACGUGAUGGACCAGAACUGUUUAAAUGUGCCAAAGCUUUAGCAGAUGUUGUCAUUCCUCAGGCAAGAAGAAGAAAUUUAUUACCAUUCCAAAAUUUACAGUGAGAAAAAAAGAUAUAAAUAAAAUGUAACACAAAUUAUGAUAAAAAGCCAACUAAAAUAGUAUCAAAGAGACUAUAGCCUGGUUAGUUGGCUUACUGUUUUUGUUAUUCAAGUAUCAAAAGACUAGAAAGAGAAGAUAGAAUACGAUGGAAAUGAACUUUUUGAAAUAUGCUACAAAUCUUAUAUUCAAUUGCUACUCCGAUAAGUAUAGUGAAAAUGAACCAUCGGGCAAGUGCGUCAUGUGUGUAAAACCCAGCGUUGUAACAGAUCGAGUCGCUUGGAAGUCGAGUCAACAACUUCACUGAGUCCAGUCAAUGGCUUCACUGACUCGAUUCAAUAGCUGAACUUGAGCUAAUUCCGAAAAUUUGCCAUACCUACUUCAAUACACUUAACCAUCGGCAAAGAUGUUUUUGUUUUUUCGUAAUUUCUGUGCUGAUUAAAUUUCGAAUUAAAUUAUUUUUUUUUUCCCUAUUUCUCCGUUUCAGGAAUAUGGUAUAACAGAAGAGGAAAAGAUGAAGAUUUCUCGAAGGACGUGCCAGCAUCUUUGUAGGAAACUGCUUGGAGACUUACGCCACGCAGAUCAAUCCGAAACUACACAUCGUUUGAAUCCAAAGUAAGGCAUACGCCGUUUCGUGUGCCAACUUUAAUUUGCGAAUUACAAAAGCAACGUAUGAAUCAGUUAACGUACUUAUUGAAGCUACCUACUUAUUAACAAAUUUCGGCCUUGAUAAUUCUUGAUAUAAUGCGAAAACUGACUUCAAUAAUUGUUAAAUAGAGAAGGCCAUCUACGCAUCUAAAAAUCUCACAUCUUGUAGCGAGUCUGCCAGCAAGUCGUCAACAAGUUAUGUUCGCACUGCCUGUCCCAAGUUGUCAACAGGUUUGGAACAAGCUGUUAACAACUUGUAACAAGCUUGAUGGCAUUAUCAGACUUGUUAUAUACUUGUUGAGAACUUGGACAAGCAAUGCGAACAUAACUUGCUGACGUCUUUUUGGCAGACUUGCUACAACAAGUGAAAUUUUUGCGUGUGUAGCUCAAUGUUGUUUAAAUGAUAUUUUAAAUGUCAGUGCUAAGUUUCAGACUUUCACAUUCCCUGUAUACGACGUGCUCAUCUUCAUAUUAUGUGUGUUUGUCUUGCAGAUAUUCUCGCGACAUUGUUACUCCACAUCGUCACGUUCGGACGCGUCUGUACUUCACCAGUGAAAGUCAUAUUCACACCAUGAUCAAUGCCAUUAGAUAUGGAAAUCUUUGUGACGUAAGUACAGUGACAGUGACAAUAGCGUGUAGCACAUACACGCGUGAAAACGCGUAUGUUGUUACCGAUCUGCAAACAAGUUAUAACAAAGUUGUUGGCAAGCCGAUAUCAGGAUGUGUUCACCCUGCUUGUUCCCAGUUGUUGUGACAAGUCUGGAACAAGUUGGUAUCACCUUGUGACAAGAUCGAUGACGGCAACAGACUUGCUACAAGUUGUUCCAACAGGACUAAUAUACAAGCUGUUCGUAACAAGUACGAGCUACGAGCUCGUUGUAAUCAGCUUGUUACGUGCAGAUGACAUCAGACUUGGUUUCAACAACUUGUUACGAGUCUGUUGGCCUCGUCAACCUUGUUACGAGAGGAUAACAACUUGUUAUGGACUUGUCAACAACUCAGAACAAGCAGUGCGAUGUAUUAUUAUUCUAGAUGCUGACUGUAACCCAGGUGAUCUCGUGUUCGUAUUUUAGCCAAUCAGCGCUCAGAAAGGGUUGUCCGAAUAGAAAUCCAUUUUGAUGUAUUUAGUCAAUUAUAUCUUUCGUUAUUCUUUAUGAAACUAGUUAAAAUUUUGUAAUUAUGUUUGGUUAGGAGAACUAUAGCUCUGACAAAAAUAUGGAAACGAAAUAAAGUAUACUACAGGAAAUAUUCAGUUGUUUUAAUCAUAAAAUGGAUUUCUAUUUGACAACUAGUGCCAGUACUUUUCCGCGUAUCAAGAUCACCUGGAACUAUAGUUACAAAGUUACAAGUUGCAAAACUGGUUGGACCUAUUCCCUAAUGAACAAAAUUUUGAUCUAAACAAGUCUAGACAACAAUUUCACCACAGCUUGAAAGAGCAUCACAGAAUUAGUAGUAUUCCGAAGUUUCGUUGCGAAAUAUUGUAAAUGCUGAUAAUAUAUAUUUAUUAUAUAAACAUAAGUGUUAUAUAGAGUUUUUGGCCACUGAGAAAAAUCGUAUUUAAACACACGUAAAAAAUACGAUAUUUUUACGUGUGAAAAUAUCAUUUGUUGUAAAACGCAUUGCCACGGACGUUUUAUUGUUUUUCACUGAAUUUUGUUUAUAUAGUAAACAGAAAAAUACAUGGGUGCUUGGAAAUACCAGAUUUAUUUCUCGUGUUGAACAUGAUGUUCAACACUCGAAAUAGAUCUGGUAUUUCCGCGCACCCAUGUAUUAUUCUCUAUAUAUAGCACUGCGAAGUUUGCCGUUUUUCAGUAAUUUUGUAUUACGCACGGGAAAUUAAAUUGAUAUACCGCUUUCUGAGAAAAGGUAUCAAUUUCCCACGUGCGCAAUACAAAAUGACUGAAAACCGACCUCGUUUCAUUGCGUACGCACGCAUUUGAGGCGUGUUAUGUAACAUAUACAAAAGAUUCUCCUCUUAAUGAAAUGGUAUAUUCAUUGCAUUAUUUUUUCCAGGAUGUGUCAGACGAGUUUUGGAAACGCACAAUCGAGUACUUUGCAGCAGUACCAGAACUCAACUACAUGACGCAGAUCGUGCUUAUGUUGUACGAGGAUCCGCAAGUUGACAAGACUUCCGAUAUGCGAUUUCACAUCGAAUUGCACUUUAGUCCUGGUGUAAAAUGUCACGUAGAUGAAGCCGCGAAAGACUCCAGACUAAACGUGUUUCUUAAGGAACAUAAAAAUUUUGCGUUUAGACCAACCGUAGGACAAACGCAAGCAGAAAGGAGCGGCUCGGAGCAUUCUAGACUUAUUACCAACAAACAACAUGCUUCAACGUCAAUCGAAGAAGAGGCGGAGACUUCGAAGACAGAUGCUCCGAAACAAGAAAGGAAAAGCUCAACCGAGGGUGAAAUGGAAUCCGCUCAAAAAGUAUCACCAAAAUUUCCCAGGCUGGAAGCAACUGGCUUGGAAGACAAGAGAAACAUUAAUUCUAGAAGGCCGAAUAGUGGACGUUCACGUUCGGAAUGUGAAUAUCCUGCUAAAUCUUUAGAUAAUCUCGACGAGUCUGGUGGAAACAACGAUGAUGGUUCAGCCCUGAACAAACCCAUCUCUAAAUCAUUAGGUAAGUGCUGUACUAAAUUUAGGGGGGAACCUUGUUUGCAUGAUUAUAGAUUUGCACCUAAUUACAUUAAUUUGCACCAAAUUACUUUCCAUUUCAUCAUAUAUUAGUAAUAUUACUGUAAAAAUGUAUUUUUUCGAUUGUAUUCAGCGAGGUGGCGUUGCGUGCGGCGAAGUGAAACGUGGUACGGUUCGAUUUGUUUUUGGAACAAGAUCCAACUCCACACACACUUUUUUAAUUCUCAAAUUGUUUAUUAGAUGUUUACUGGUUGAGGUUAGAGAAGGGCUUGGGGUUGGGAUCGGUUUAUCUUAAAAUUAUAAAAUUAUAAAUGGAAGCAAAUUGGCGUAUUUUUUAGAAGAAUCGUCUAUGUCUAUGAACUUUUUAGCACCUGAAACGAGCCAUAUAAUGGCAUUAAAAAUCAAGGACUAUAAAAUUUCUUUUUAUUAUUGGACCAUCAUUAUUUACGGUUGAUAGUUGAUGAUCAUAGUUACAGUGGAACUGGCUUGUCAGGUUGAGUUGCCCGAAGCCGGAGGGUACGCCCAGUGAACUCUAAGAGAACUGGAACGAUAACUUGGCCGCAUCUUUGAAGCCACCAUGAUGGCCGCCAUGUACGUAUGGAGUGGAAAAUACGCCACCAAAAAGAUGUCUGUUUUCGACCACUAAAUAGCUGUAUUUCAACAAGGAAAAAAGCUAAAAACUUUCAACAGUACCUGAAAUUUAAUACAAAACAUGUUUCCAGAACGUAGAGCAGUUACCAAGUUCUUUUUUCAGGAGUCAAAGUGCGAAGUUUUUUUCGGCACGUUCAAACUUGUGUAAUAUUUUUAAUAUCAAGCUGUUACCCAGGAAGUUUUUGCUGUUAGUGGAUGUAAAAUACUUAGAACUAUCCAGGAAACCAGGUUUGAAUCUUUAAAGUUGAAGACUUUCGAUAAAAAAGUGCUUUUUCUUGCUGAUUUUCGCUCAAAAACAAACUUUUGACUGAAUUUCCCGCUCCUCGAAACUCUCCGCAGUCUUUUUGAAAGUUAAUUUAUUGCUCGCUGCGCUCGUAAGAAGCGCCAUCUUGGCUUCAGGCAAGUAUGGGCAAGUUUAUCAGCAGUUAGCGUUUCAGUGUUAUUACAGUUCACUGGGUACGCCUGAGCCGGCGUCUUGGUAUAUUAUGGUUGAUAGUUGCUGAUCAUGAUUAAUCUAUUUAUAUGGUCCAGACCUCCUGUGUCCCUAUCUACUUCUCUACUACACAUUACACGCCUGAGCAGGCGUCUUGUUUUACUUUUUUACAUGUAUAUAUACAGCUAAUUCAAAAAAAGGUUGUCCUUUGCAAACCUUAAACUUUGCAAUCAUUUAAUAGAAAUCAUAUAUGGGGCCCAUUUCUUAGAGACAUGGUGAAUAUCUCCUUACGAGAACAAUUCAUUCACAAGCUUGAAAUUUGUGCUCCCAUAAGUUCUUUAGACGCUCUUAAUCCGUUAUUAAUAACGGAUUAGGAGCGUCUAAAGAACUCGUGGUCUUUUCUUAAUUUAGUAUCAUUGUAUGUCAAUAGUGUAAUGUUUCUAAUACGUCAUCUCUUCCUGUUUCUUUGUAUAUAAUAUGAUAGCAAGUUUGUAAAUAGCUUAUUCUGGUUUGACAAUGACUUUGAAAUAGAGUCGAAAUAUCACCGCAAAAUUGUUGUCUUGUGUUAUAGCUCAUAUCUUGAGUUUACAAGAUGUUAUUCUUCGGAGUAUGUUUUUUCUUGUAUUUUACUCAUGCAGCACUAAUAGACCUUUCCCCUUUUAAGUGAAAUUUUGAUCUAGACAAGUCUGAACAAACAUUUUAUCACAGCUUGAAAGAGCAUCACAAAAUUAGUAAUAUUCCAAAGUUUCGUUGCAAAAUGUUGUAAAAUGCGGAUAAUAUAAUAAUAGGCUAUAGCCUUGCCAAGUUUGCCGUUUUUCAGUCAUUUGGUAUUACAAACGGGAAAUUGAUAAUCAGAUGAUCAAACUGAUUGUCAAUUUCCCAUUUGUAAUACCAAAUGACUGAACAACGGCAAACUUCGCAAGGCUAUAUUAUCCGCAUUUUACAACAUUUUGCAACGAAACUUUGGAAUAUUACUAAUUUUGCGAUGCUCUUUCAAGCUGUGAUGAAAUUUUGGUCCAGACCUGUCUAGAUCAAAAUUUCACUUAAAAGGGGAAAGGUCUAUUGUAGAAGGAUUUUCAUUUUUGUAGUGAGAUUACCAAAAUCUACAAAACUCGCCCAUGCUUUACGAUAUAAUUGUCUAUCUUGUUAUUUGUAGAAUCAAUCCAUCCUCAAAAGACAACGCCCUCGUACGUUCCAAUGCGUACCUCAUCAUCUGAUAUGAAAAGUACUGUAAAAACAGAAUGUCCCGAGGGAAAAGCGUUGCGUUCCACUAUAUCAUCGCCAUCACUUCUAAAGACGCAGAAAUGUGUUACAAACCUCAGGGCAGCUCUCGGUUAGUAAUUUAAAACUUUUAAGAUUUAGUUUGUGGAAACACUACAUUUAUAUGUAGUGUAUGAAAAAAGGUAAUUCAACUUCAGCAUGUUCGCGUGCGUUAGAUAUCGUGUUUAUGGAAAACAUUAUUACACAGCAAGAAAAUUCAGGCUUUAUAUAUCAUUAUAAGAGAAAAUGACCAAAUACAUUUCACCUCGAAUUGUAGGCAAAAGGUGAAACAAAUAGAUUUUUUGGUUGUACAUCCGGGUAUUACUCAAAUUUGCCCCGUUUAUCAAGCUUCAAUUUGUCCCUUUCGUUUGCAUGAACUUUUCCUGCGAUGCCCACUCUAUUCUUUUAUGAUCUCUACGAGUGUGACCGCAUUUAUUAUUCGCUGGCAAAUUUCAUGAGGAAAAGAGGCCACUGAUAAUUACUUUCUCUCUGGGCAAUAUUUUUUUAUUCCUACCCAGCAGCAGAAACUUUAAGAACCUCUUCCCAAGCCCCAUUCACACAAUACGACUAGUCGUAUAUGAUUGUCAUUAGAGACCUUACGAUUUUAGGACGGCAACGCGACGGCAACGGCUACCAAUACAAUAGAUCAUUGAAAAGAAUUGAGUAAUUACAAUAUAUGAAUAAUUUAGACAAUGUCCUACGCUCUGUUGACAACGCCAAAUCACAGAUUUUCACGUCUUGAUACUGCAACGCCUGCAUUCCAAGCCGCAACAAGUGCAACUUCAAACUGGGUUUAGCAGAACUCUUCCCAACCAUAAAACCCAUGUCUUCAACUUCUAAGAUUGUAUUAAAUUCAUACGAUUGAUAAUAUACGACGAACUGUCUUUACUACCAUUUAUUUGAAGGAGUUUGUUUUGGCCGUCGCGUUGCCGUCCUAAAAUCGUAAGGUCUCUAUUUUGGCGUAUGAAAACGACUUCUGACGCCACUACUCCUGUUCAUCAGUUUAUGGGGAAAUUUUAAAUGUUUCAACUUUACACGCAUUUAUUAGAAUACAUACGCCAGGAUAAGAUACAACUAAUCAUAUCCUGUAGAUAGGCCUUAACAUGUCAGUUACACCAUAGUAUUUUUGUUGUGGUCACAUGCAUACCAGAUGCUCUCCAAGUUUUAAGAUCAAUGGUGUUACCCUACUGUAUACAAAUGGAUUUCAUCAUGUGUUUAUUAGGUCCAGUGUUCUCUGUUCCCGGAGUUCGUAAGUUAGCUCUUCAAAGUGCAGUCCCAAUGGCAAAUGUGGUGACCAGACCGCGGGCGUCGAUAACUGAGGAUACCUUUUUGUCUGAUCUCGCAG